AUGGCAUUCUUCACAAAAUUAUUAACAUUAUUGGGAUUCAAGAAACGGGAGGCAAAUAUAUUAGUGGUUGGUUUGGAUAACAGCGGAAAGACAACUAUAAUGAAUCAUUUUAAGCCACCCGAAGAAAAAUCUAAUGAAAUCGUGCCAACCGUUGGAUUUAAUGUUGAAAAGUUUAAGAUUAAAAAUUUAACAUUUACUGCAUUUGAUAUGUCAGGUCAGGGAAGAUACAGAAACUUAUGGGAACAUUACUAUAAAGGUGUCGAAGGCAUUAUAUUCGUGAUCGACAGUUCCGACUCUUURCGAUUAGUUGUGGCCAAAGACGAACUCGAGAUGAUGUUAAAACACGCAGACAUUGCCUGCAAACCAUUGAUUCCCAUAUUAUUCUUUGCUAAUAAAAUGGAUUUAAAAGAAGCCCUUUCAAGCGUUAAAAUAAGCCAAACACUUGGUUUGGAUCAGCUUAAGAAUAAAGCCUGGCAUAUACAGGCAUCAAAUGCUGUGACAGGAGAUGGACUCAUGGAUGGCAUCGAGUGGUUAUCGGAACAACUUAUGCAACAAAAUAAAUAA